CCCAAUCUCCAAAUAUCUUUUUGCCAUUUUUGAUUUUAUCUGUUUUACCGCCCAUUUAUUUCAUUUGAAAAAUUCGGUGUCUCGCCCCUUCAUCUGCGCCCAAUUUCUCCUUCUAUUUCAUUCCUCAGUCCCAUAAGCCAAUGCAGAGACGCCGUCAAGAAACCCACCAGAAUCCGGACGUCUUCUUUAAGUUGGUGCUGUAACAUGCCGGAAGCCAGGGAUAGGUUGGCGAGGUCAGUGGAUGUGGCGGCCGUGGUUGGUCGCGCGGCGCAGGAGGAAGCGACGACAAACAGGACUCCGAUGCGGACGAUUGUUACGCGAGCACGAAUGGGUUCUCGAGGGGCUGGCGGUGGCAGUAGGUUGGGAAGAAGAAGUUUCGCGAGAUCCGCAAUUGGGCAUGGCCGGUUAGUGUUCGGGUCGCCUUCGGUGCGUGGGGAGAACCCGCCGGCUGGAUCCAGCCGGCGAGGCAGGGGUAGUUCGACGAACAGUGUAUUGCCCUCUUGGUACCCAAGAACACCUCUUCGAGACAUAACAGCUAUCGUGCGGGCCAUUGAAAGGAGAAGAGCUCAUCUAAGAGAAAUAGAAGGCCAACAAAUUGAGAGUCCGAUGCCUCAGGACCAAAGUGUUCUCUCUGCUUUCACAUCAAGUGCUCAGCUCGAGCACAAUAUUUCUUUGAUCUCUCCACGUCCUAAUGCUGGAAUGAAGCCUCGCACACCAUCUGUUGGUAAAGUGCCGAAGAUUUUGCUUAGUGUCGCGAGUGAAACUGCAGGGACAUCAGAUUUUCUCACACCUCAAAAGAAACUCCUGAACUCAAUUGAUAAGGUAGAGAAAGUGGUAAUGGAGGAAUUGCAGAAACUCAAGAGAACCCCUAGUGCUAAGAAGGCAGAGAGGGAAAAAAAAGUGCGCACUUUGAUGUCAAUGCGUUGAUGGGAAAGAUUGUCUUGAUGUUCAAAGCAAUCAGGACUGGGAGAACUGAAAUCAUAAGGAUUGGAGGAAGGGAGAGUGGACAACAAACCUGCGUGGUAAGGUUGAUAAUCUUCUGAUGAUUUUCUAGUUCAAGAUUCAAGACACUGGAAGUUCACUUGCAUGUAGACUAUUCUUGUUUUUUUCUGAUUACUUCUUUAGACAUUAGAUCUAGCUGAAGGUCUUGGUUAGGAUCAGUAGGCACUUUUGCUUGUUAUUGUCAACUGCUAAAAGCCUUAGUGUAGGAUCACAUUUGUUUCUGUUACUGUCUACUAAAGGCCUUGAGAUAGUACUAGUAGGGCAGGCAGUGUUUCGAACCAAUGUAUAGAAAUGUCACAUCUCAAUAUUCCUUUUACAAAGGUCAUUAGCCUAUGUACCUAUUUUUUGCCAGGCACAAUAAGAAAAUUUUGCGUUGUGCUGUC